GUUUAACUUUUUUUUGACAAACAGAGAGACAAAACAGAUAAACCAGAAGAAUAUUAGAUCAAAAGUAAGUACAGUAUAAAUAGUAUCGAUUUUCUUAAUUUACAAAACAAAUAAUCAACAAAAAAAACUAAACAAUGGCAGCCGGAGGUGCAGAAGUUACCGCAGCUCUAAGGGAAGCAAUGAUGGCCGUCAACCAGAAAUACUUUGAUUGGAACAAAGUUGGCGAACAAUACACAGACCCGAUACCGGCCACCGAUCCAUUGACACCACCAGAGAUAGCUCUGUGCGAGAAUCAUGGCAUCAAAUUCUUGGAAAAACUCGGUUCUGGCGGAUACGGUGCCGUCUGGAAGGUCCGAUGCUCUCAGCUAUUGUCGCCACAGUCACAGCGUGACUAUACCCAAGAAGAUCUGGCCUGUAAGAUCAUAUCCAUAUCGAAAUUCAAGCGUAACCUUUCACCUCCAGAAGCCACCGCCGAAAUGCUCUACGAGUAUAGUCUGCAUAAGACACUAAGACAUCCGUAUCUGAUCCAAUCGGAAGAUGCUUUUCAUAUUGUGGACGCCAUGACCGGCUUUCCCUAUGUAAGACAUUUGCAUUUCAUGGAACUGUGUAACGGUAGUGUCAAACAACUGCUACAACAACAACCACAACAACCGGGACGGUUGGGCGAAGCGGAGGCUAAAGUAUGGUUUCGUAUGAUUUGUUUGGCUGUUCAGUAUUUGCAUCGGAAAAACAUUUGCCAUAUGGACAUCAAGAUAGACAAUAUACUUUACCAAUAUAAUGCACAGACCAGUCAGGCCACUUUUAAGCUAUCGGAUGUGGGUAUGGCCCGUUCUGGUACUAUAGUAUCUGGUCGUCUGGGAACUGAAGCUUACUGUGCACCCGAACAGCCCAAACGUCUACAAGCUCAGGCCAAUCCCCAAGUACUGCGUAUACAGUACGCACCCAAACCGUGCGACAUCUGGCAGCUGGGAAUGGCCGUCUGUGAAACACUCGGCGGUCUUCGUAUGCACCGUCAAACCCAUUCGGCUAUACUUAGUAUACAACAUCCCAGCCUAGUCUAUCAUCUACAGAUGCCAGGCAUACGGGUCGAUACUUACGAGUUUUGUCAACUACUUCAAGACUAUAUUGUUUUGGUUCAAAUAUUUUGGACGCAACUACUACUAGGCUAUUGUCAGCAAAAAUUAUUGUCAAAUGUGCCAUCAUUUUUUAAUAUCAUCGAAAGUAAAUGGCAACGGGAGGAGUAGGUGUAGGAGGAGGAGCAGCAACAGGAGGAGCAGGAGGAGGACCUGGCUAUCAUUACUAUG